GAAUGCCCGCACUCUGCCUCCUAUUUGCGCAAGCAGUGUGGCAGGCAGCUCAUAGAUGACUCGCCGCGUGUUGCGAACCACCGCCCGUCCGCCCUUGGUAGCACUGCCACUCCCUCCACUGUUGCUGCACUGACCUGACCACUUCCAACCCGCUCGCCCUCUGCUGCGCUGCCCCCUCUCCUCAGCUCACCCCCUGCCGCUGCGUCCGCGACCCCCCUUUCCGCGCGCCAUGCCGCCACCGCCCGACAUCAAGGUGCCCGGGGAUCGCGUGGGCGUCGUGGCGGAGCUGGUGGCGGGUCCCGGCACGUUCGUGCGCGGGCCAUUCGUGUACGCCAGCACCACGGGCGCCGUCACCGUCGCGCCCGGUGACCCUCUGCCUACAGUGUCGGUUCAGCGCGCGGGGCAGCAAGCCGCCAUUCCCAGCGUCGGUGUCACUGUUAUCGCUAAGGUGUCGCGGGUGACGCCACGCGCGGCCAUGGCGGACAUAGUGUGCGUUGGCGCACACGCCGUCACAGACAAGUUCUCAGGCAUCGUCAGGCAGCAGGACGUGCGGGCCACUGAGAUCGACAAGGUGGACCUCCUCGCCUCCUUUCGCCCUGGCGACCUAAUUCGAGCACAAGUCCUCUCGCUAGGAGACUCCCGUGCCUAUUUCUUGUCAACAGCCAAGAAUGAUCUGGGGGUCAUACUGGCCAAAGGGGUCGCAGGAGUGCCCAUGGUGCCUAUAAGUUGGCAGGAGAUGCGAUGCCCCAUCACAGAUCAAGUGGAGAAUAGAAAAGUGGCUAAGGUUGCAUGAUGAAACCUUUCGUACAUAAACCAAACGAUUUUUCCACCUUGUUGGAAUCCUCUCACCAAUGAUGUAUGUUAUUGUAAUAUACACUGCUGCCGAGC